CUCAACGUGACUGAACUGCGCUCACUAGCGCUAGUAAGGCUGCCACAGCGCUAGCCCAGUUACACUUCAUGUCUUCAAGCUUUGCUUCCUCAUUCGCUCCAUACACGCCCCCUCCUGAUGACUCUCGCCUCACAAACCCCAGCGGAUCCACCGUGAAGUCCAAAUCACGCCCCUGGUUCCCAUCCCAUGGAUCAUCAUUGGGCCCAGAGUCUUCGUAUCAGUCCGGAGGAAUACCCACAUUUAACAAUGUUACAGCACCUGAAGCUGCCCAAGACCCUGUUGAAGAUCAGCGUAACCAGUGGCAAACACGGCUUGGCUUUCGCGUUGACAUACUUGCUGCAUUUUCGUACAUCCUUGGGCCAAUAUCUGCUUUGGCCGUGCUUAUUCUUGAGACGCAUAACGACUAUGUCCGCUUUCAUGCUUAUCAAUCAGCUUUGCUGAUGACACCACUUGUUUCUAUCCGAAUAUUAGCGUCCCUGCUCGGUUUUUGGGCAUGGCUCUGCACCAUGCUCACACUGCUGGUACUCUGUGCAGGGUUAUUUAUGGCGUUUCAGGCCUUCGUUAACGGUGGUGCUGACGGACUCUCCCGAUAUCAUGUACCUACGAUUGGCCCCUUGGCAGAACAAUGGGUCUCCGAAGAAUAAUUCGCAUUGUGAGCCUGGGCUGUGCCUUUUACCUAUUUGUAUACCGCAUCAUUCGAUAAUAGCCCAGAAUUCACUUGUUUCUGAUGACUUCAGUUGUCUUAGCUUACACAGCUAUUU